UCCAGCUGCAGAAGUGUGUAACAGAGAUUCCGAUUAUUGAACACACGACGUUCAUAAGAGCCGGUCCAAUACAUUUACUGAUACUGAGUAGUUUCGAUGAGGAGUCUGUCAUAACAAGUCCACGGAAGAGUAUGUGGGUGACAGCAUUCGUAUGUAAACAGAUGCAGAGCGAGUGACGAAGGCGCAUCUCGCUCGAGUUUUUCUACUUCUUUUCUGUCACUUAGUGUUGUCAACAUUUAAACUAAAUUUCAGAUUUUAUUUCGAGCAAAAUUAGCGGAUUUAACGGAAUCAGUGGUACCCUGGUUCACCUUUCACCUACAUAAAGGCGGUGGCAAACUAAACUUGCGCCAUGGGAAAUAUAACGUGCACGGUUCCCGAUUAUCCGGCCGAAGUUUAUGACAACAACAGCGACAACUCAAGUGAACAAGAUUAUUCCUCUUACAGCCUCGACAACAACAACAGCGACAAAAUAGGUGAGGAGGGGGAUCCGUACGCGGAGCCGUUAUUCAGAGCCACUUUUAUCACAUUCAACCUAUUGGUUUUUCUGUUUGGACUUACUGGUAACAUCCUUGUCAUUCUUGUUGUUCUACGCAACCGAUCGAUGAAAACCACCACAAACUUCUUUUUAGUGAACCUAGCAGUUUGCGAUUUAUUAGUGACUGUAUUUGUCGUGAUACCUACUAUGUAUCGAUUUGUUGGCAAUCAUUAUCCCUUUGGAUGUAUUUUUUGCAAGAUAGAACAAGUUGUAUUUGGCACUACAAUAAUUGCAUCGGCUGCAAUACUUACGACUAUUGCCAUCGAACGAUAUCUGGUCAUCAUGUACCCGAUGCGCAUGCGUCGUGUAUGGACAGCAAAGAGAAUGAAAAUAAUUGUGGCUGCAAUAUGGGUGUGCUCUACGCUGUACUCACUUUCUCCAAUAUGGUAUUAUGGGAUAUCAGUCUAUAAUGGUUUAUCAUUCUGUACUAUUAACUAUUUAUAUAAUGAUAUUAUAAAGAGGCAAGUACUUAUAAGUUUCAUUCUUUGGUAUGGGAUACCAUUAACACUAAUGAUUUGCUUAUAUGGUCACAUGUCUGUGUUUCUUUGGCACAGUGCGGGAGCGAAGAAUAUUUCCAUACGAGAAACGAGAAAUAACAUGAGUAACACUAGAGCCAAUAGCAACCGCAAGAAUAUCUACAAAGGUGGAUCUCAGAUUAAGCGGACUGAUUCCCACAACGUGUCGAAUCAGGAUGAAGUCAAGGCGGAUAAAGGAAGUAAUAAAUGUGGAGAAUUUUAUAUCGACUACCCUGAUGAAACUGACAGCGAAAACACGUUGAUCCAAAAACAACACAAGAAUGGUACUACUGAAGAAACAGAAAAAUUUAUUGAUAUCAAAAAAGGGCAGGAAUCGCCAAAUGUCGGUGUUUUGUAUACGAAGCCGACCGAGGGACAGAAACAGCAAAAUAAGUGUAAUGUUCGAUUUAUCGAUAGGACACGUAAAUCAACGAAAAAAGCACCAGCAAGGUCACGUGGUUUGAAAGCCUUAAACGAACGGAAGAAAGUAAUACGACUGCUGAUUGCAUUGGUCGUUAGUUUUGCUUUGUGUCUUUUUCCGACUCACUUGACUUCGUUAUGGAUAUUCUACGGUCAUUUUCCAAAUAAAACUAAGUUUGGAUACUACUCUAUUCCAUGGUCUACGGCGUUUUAUCUCAUGAAUAGCGCGUUAAACCCGAUGUUAUAUGCGUUCCUAUCUGAACAAUUCCGCAAGAGGAUGAAACAGACUCUGAUGUGUAAAAGUCAACAAAGGUGGGAGAGAAUCAUUGGUAGUGGUAAUCAAAGUAACGAAAGCACACAUGGAUAUACUGAUCAAACAGAAUGUGGAUUUUCAAAUACUACGUAGAACUAAAAAAAUGUGAGCGUAAUGUACGACGUGUGCGAUGCGUUUAAUCGUGACGCGCGACCGUUGGAAUUGAAGCAACACAAGAGUUACACGACAUUAUGUUGACACACUAUUCGAGGUGAAACGCGCUCCACAGAGUUCAGGUAGAAAGACUAAGCAGGAUUCUACCGUUCACGAUAAAAUCAUCUUCCUGCUGUUAUUUUAAAGGUGUUAACGUUCUAAAAGGAAGCUAAUUGAAAAUAUAUUUUAUUAAAGGUAAAAGCUGCUAGAAUUUUUUCCCACAAAAUAAAGUAAAAAGAGUUUUCUCAAAUCGGGUUCGAAUUUACAAUAAGGUCCCAGUUAUAAUACCGUACUUCUAUUGCGUUCGAAGUGUGAAUCUUAUAAUAUUCUUGUGAUAUACUCACUCAAAUUUCUCAUCUUUACCAUUUAUUACAAGCAUUACUACAAACCAGUUUCAAGUUUAUCGUUUUACAUGUUUCAAUAAGAGAAACCCCAUAAAAAGCAAUCUGGAUAAUGCAUACAUAUUGAAAAGUAAUCGAAGACAAAUCUGAUCAAGAAUGCAAGAAAAAAAAAAAUCAAUUCAUAAUUAUGCGUUAAGCAUUCUACUCUCUUUGGUUGCAAAUACGGAUUGAGUUUAACAGGUCAGGAAUAUAGAGAUAUUUGACAUGACGGACUCAAUUUGUAUUUGCACUUAAUGAAGUGUAGGUAAAAUAGAGCAUGCAAGCUUGAAAUAUUUGUCUACACUGUCUGAGUUUGGUUUCAUGUGGUUGAGCCAUUUCAUUAUUGACAAUUUGUACAAAAAUGACCUACAAUGUAAAAAAAAAAAAAAGCGUAGAGGGUUUUAGCACAAUUCCAUAAGCCAUCCACUCUGUUUAUUCAAAAGAAUGACGAAGAGUUUGAAAGUGCCUACAGUAAUCACUCAAAUGGAGUGAAAUAGAUAAAGUGAAAAUGGGUAAAAUUUCACUCGAUCCAUUGCAAAUUUUAAUAUUUUAAUCGCUAUUUUAAGGAUAACUUUUUAAUUUCUUCAAGAGUGAAUUUUCACCCGGGAAAACGUAAAAUUAAUGUGAUCUCUCUGUAGGCACUCUUUUAGAGUGAAAUUCACUUGUUUGCAUUAGACUAAUGAGUAUUAUAGACUGAUGUUGGCUCAAUUUCCUAUUUCACUAACAUUGUUUUAUUGUGAUAUGAUUCUGAAUACGUUAACUCCGAGGUCACUCCAGCGGGAACGUGAUCGACUGCUUGACAUAUUUUUUUUGUUGCCUACUUUUAACUUACCCAUGCUUUCUGUGUUGGUAAUUCACUUGACUAACUAUACAAUUUACCAGAUUGUUGACGUUUUAGUGAACUUUUUAGGACAAGUCUUACCUAGCAGCUUUCUGUGCUGGCAAUUCGCUUGGAUACUUAACCAGGACAGGUCUUAUCUAGUAUGGCAUCAUACUUACUUUUUAUUUUCAUCUUUGGCUUUGGACAAUCCCAUCAUUCCUCCACCGGAUUUACUCUUACAAGGUCAAUCGGCAGACGACACUGAGGCAGUAGACACAAAAAUGAACCUGAACCAUAUAAUUCCUUAUAAUAAAAUUAUCUUCUAUUGAGAUUAGGUCUAUAUUAUCAUAAUCGUAUUGAUUUGACUCUAAUCUAAUGUAAACUAGUUUUGAAAAUAAUGAAUUUGUGCAAUCGAGUGUAUAAGUCCACGCCACAGUAAUAUUUUUCCACUAAGCCGUUAAAUUUAAUUAGAUUAUUUAACUAAAAUAAACUUGGUGUGGAAAAACAGUUACCGAAAUCGUUGCAUCGUCUACACAAUAAAUGAUAAUGUAUGUGCAAUGUAGCGAGACAUAAAUAAGUAUAAUGCCCCGUAAUAACACGUUACACGCGUAAUCCAAACUCUUCACUCGACAGGUUUGCGCUUUAAUAAGUGACCACAUUUAAUAGGUAAAACACUUAUUAUUCUCAGUUUCCUUAGAUAUAAUAUAUUAUUCAAGUCUUUGGCGCAAGCUGAUGUUAAUUUCAAGUCCAUUUUCGUCCUGAUUUGUCUGUUGGAUAAAUUCACAUCAGGGGAUUUCAAUCGCCUGGUUGGUUGUUUUUUACGGGUAUGCUGUACGUUUUACACAGUCGCAUAUUGCAAGUAAUGUAGUUAGCUCUUGGUCGAGACAUUAAGCUAAUAAGACUGGAAGACUCUUGGCUAUAAUUUAUUUUGACAUAAACUACCUCUAAUUUAGGGUACCUUCAUAUUUUUAAAAAUCAUCUUUUGCAACAACAAAAUCAAUGGCGAUUUAUAGAAGUAAUCACAUGCCCGAUAGGCGGCGCCCUUCAAACGUCACAAAUCAAUUCUAGAGCAGCACUUCACCCUGUGCUUAAAUAUAGAAUAAUACUCACAGAGCCUAUAAUUAUGGGCGAGAUAAGCAUUUGUAUUAUUUAUUAUAUGCUCGAAGGGUAUCGUUUUUAAAUUUUGCGUGAUUUUAACCUUCACAUUUGACCUUUUUAUAUCAAAAUUUAAUCACCUCUUCCAUAAACCCAUAUUUACUACUCCAUUGAAUACUAUAAAUAAGGAUCCAUUCAUUGGUUUAUUUGCGUAGUCCUGCUGACAGACAGACAACACGACGGACGGACAUGUAGACAGACAGAUUGACAAAGAGACAGCACGAGAUGUGGUCUGACAAAUAGACAGACAAACAGACAAACAGCGUGAAUUAUAUAUACAUAACGUCUUUCGCGGAGGUAAUUAUUACUGGUUGUGAAUGUUAGAUAAAUCUGUUGAGACUAACCAGAGGAUGUAAAAGUUGGAAUAUAUAACAAACAACAUUCUUGUAAAAUGAGCGAGGCUCACAUAUACAACACAAGUUUUUAAUCGGUGUAUUCCGAAAAAAAAUUUCAUAUGUAUAUUACAUUUCUCUCUGUACCUUAAGUUGGCCCUCAGGUGUCCAAAAAACGGUCUCACAGUGUACAUGGCCACGGGGCCUUUGGGGCUCCGGUCAGGGUUCGAGGCUGAAGCCAUGAUGUUUACUGGAGGGCUAGCCUAAGCAAACUUGGGCAAUGUUGGAUCAAUCGUCAAACUGAUUUAUAAUGGAAAUGGUAAAAUAUUUGUAGAGCGCUUUUCUUCUACAAUAAAUUCCUCUAAAGGUGAUGACAGUGUCAGUGACCUGCCCAGACUAUCAAAUAUGGUCGUGAUGACAUCACAUCAUGGCCAUAAUAGGCAUAUCAUGAUUAUUAUAUGGGCAUACAACAAUUUUUUUUUUUUUGCCAAAGAAACUUCGAUAAUCUGGAUAGACCUUCAUAGAGGUUAUGAAACUAUUAUAUUUUUGUCUGACCAGAUGUUAAGCCUGUCCAACAGAGGAAGUGCACUAUGCCUGAUACUGGCACCACCAAUAUACCUUUAUCAAUCUAUAAUUAAUAAUUUUAACUCAUACCGCUUGUGUCUCUACAUUAAACUCAAUUAACUGAGAAUAAAUACAUACAUUGACUUAAGAUUAUGGCGGCCGUCAGAUAUUUAAAAUUCAGCUCACUGUUAGUGAUUGCUUUUAUUGGAUUGAUUGAUGACGUACCGUAUCUACUAAUUUUACUCUAUUGCCAGAUAUGCGUAUUGACAUUCUGUCAAACUACGUUUGGCCUUAAUUUAGUGAAUCCAGUGAGAGAUGAAGUCUAUAUAACCAGACUCCAAACAUUCUAGGGUUCAAUCAUGUAAUUUGUGAAGUAACUCUUUGGCCCCAUGAUUAAAAGUAUAAGGCGUUCGUCACAUACAUGAUGCGGUGUUAAAGGGACACAUAAUGCUUUCUUCUCCUCAACUAGAAAUCAUCAAAAAACAUUUAACUUUCUCUUUAAUUAAAGAUCACUUUGGUGAUCGGAGUUUUCCAUGGUCUGUAACAGCCUCGAUCUCUAAUUAUAAUCGUAAAGAUAAAAGAUAUGUUUUAAUUAGGGAAAAUUAAUUUAAUUAGAGGUAGUUUUUAAUUGGAGGGGUCUUUAAUUAGAGGGAGACCACUGUGCUUGUACGUUCUUAUAAUGUGAUCUAUUAUUAUAAUAAUACUUAUGGAUUUUUAAAUGUAAUCAAACAUCCCAAGAUUACAUGGUUCUGUCAUGGCAUAUACCUUUAUAUUGUGUUGGCACACAGCCAGAUAAAUCCUUCAACACCACCUAAAAAUAUAAACAUCCAAGUGCCUCCAUCAUGUCAAUGGUUGUAACUCAGUGCGUUACAUCAACUCCUGACGCGUUCGUUGUUUGAGAGCCACUCAAUUGUGACUUAUUGUCUACUUGAGAGCUUAUUAUAUCUUAGCUAAGUUCUUUUUAAAGGCUUUCUAGAUGUGAACAUUAUUCUAGUCUCCGUACCUAAUUCUUGGUUAGAAACAAUUAGUGACAACUGUUGUAAACUAGUAUUAUAUUUUAAUACUAUUAUUAUAUAUAAAUGUAUUUAUAUAGAUAUUAUUAUUAUUAUUAUUAUUAAUUAUUAUUAUUAUAAUUAUUAUUAUUAUUAUUACUAUUAUUAUUAUUAUUAUUAAUAUUAUCAACAUGAUCAUCAUUGUUGAUGUUUAAUCACUAAAGAAGCUUGAAACAUUGUAGCAAAUGACUUUCAAACAAGGUACAAUAGUAAAGGUUUUAUUGUCUCUUAUUAAAUGUAAUUAAUUAUAGGCCUAGAUGAACUCUAAAAGACGGACAUAACGAACAGCGGUUGAAUGUGUUUUCUAACUGUAGCUUUCGUGCACACUACUAAUUUUGUCUCAAAAUUUUACUGUAGUCCUACAAACAGCUGUAGGCCCUACUCACCCCUCUGUGACCGCCCGUUAUGAUUAGAGAACUUGUAGUCGGUUUUUGUCCGGUAAUAUUUUGAAAGAACAGUACGGAAAUACUGCGAAGACUAAUUCUAUAAAUCGAUUUUGUACAGGGAUACGAAAGAUCAAUAUAUCUGCAGAUACUACAAAUUCAUGAGUGGAAAGUAUAAUCUUUUCUUUACUCUCAAGACUGUUCAAAGAAAUUACUAUUAUUGUCUGUCAUAAUCCGCGUGUAAAUACCGAUGGAAAAUCUGAAGUUAGCCGGCCGUAAAUAUUGCAAUUUUGACACUUAAUAACGUGACAACAGUCAUAAAAUAAAUGAAAAUAAUUGUAAAGACAAACAAAUGUUACGGUUUUAUGAUCGUGUGGUUGAAAUUUUCGCUCGGUUUCUCUGAUAAUUCUGUUUGUGAUAUUCAUCAGCUUAAUCGACCAUGCAUCAAUAGAUUUGUUUAGAAUAAUUAAUCGCUCCACGUAUACACUUUUUGUAAUAAUUUUUACAUUUAAAAGUAAUAAUAAAAAUUGUUAUUAUGUAUAUUUGGCAUUUGUUUACAACAACGACUGACUGGACUGUGAUACCACUUGUAUAAGCCUAUUCGUGGUAUAGAGCUGCGCAUGCUCGUAUUUAAGGUUAAUCGAGGUCACUCGAAAUAAACCUGUGUUGUGUGUAUGGUGUCGAGUGAUCGUGAUACGAGCAUGCGCGGUUCUAACUACGAAUUGUCUUAAUUACACAUUGUCAAUAUGUAAUGAGUAGGAUCAUAUACUUCUUAAUAACAUCCGUUACGUUUAAGCAUGGUUUAAGUAAAAGCUAACGUGGAAAUUGUUUUGUACACUGAUAUGACGUCAUAAUGACAUCACACGACGACCGCAUGAAGCAAAAAAUUGGACUUUAUAUACAUUUUGCUACUGAAAUAGAUUUAGGUUUUUAAUCUUUGUCACGGGUUUAUAUAACCAGAUGUAUAUAAUGUUAAUUUUAGAAAAUGAGUGAUUAUUAAACUGUUGUGAGAGCUCUAUUUUUAGAAUGUUAUUACUAUUUCUCUAUAAUAUAUAAUGUCCGAUAUACUGUUGUUAUGCCAUAUAUAUGAAAAUGUUGAAGUGUAUAGGUAUUACAGGAAAAAUGUUGUAUAGAUAUUUUAAAGCUAUAUUGUAUAAAUUUAUGAAACACACUUAAACAACAUAUCCUUAAGCUUGUUUAUAAUAAUCGCAGCAUGCUAUCGGUUGACUGAUAAUAAUGAUCCAAAACGCGUUCCCCCAACCGUUUGAAUAAUGUGCGUACACUUCUAAAUACGUAGGCCUAUACCGUAGUUUGUGACGUAUUUUGGUGGCACUUUAUUCAUAAGCAGUGAAUAUGGAUUGUGUACACAAGCAUGUUUAUGUUUAUAGUGUCGUGUCCAAUGUGUAGAGGCUAACGUGAGUGCGUAAAUCCCAUUGAGAAAAAUGUGGCUCGUCAAUUUUUAACUCAGGCGUGUUAGAUGACGUGUGUUGUGCCCAGGAAACCAAGCGCCUUGUUUGACAUUUUUGUAUCAGUGACAAUGUGUUAUGGUGGAAUAGUAGUUUUGAAGAGGUGUGAAUGUACUCAGAACGCGUGCCUGUGAUUUCUAAUGCGUCAACACCAGUAAUAUUAUUUCUAGGCUAAUGGUAAUGCAUCAUCACGUGGUUGAGUAUAAUAAAUCACAUAUUAAAAUAGA